AUGGCCAACAAAAUUGAUGAAUUCGGUAAGUCGGUAACAAAUGUAAACACGCAGAUUAAAGAUGUUGAAGGGGGUUUGAAAAAGAAUUGGACUGAAGUUGUAAAGGGAACCAUCAAAAAAGAAGUUAAAUCGACUACGGUGGCUCUGAACAAUGUCGUCAAAUCAAUUAAAAACAACGUCGAAACAAUAAACCGUGAGUGCAAUGUUGUGUUAUUUAGGCUCAGUGAAGCUGAAAAUAAGUCUGCUGAUGCUCGCAAUGAUGAUAAAAAAAUUGUUAUGAAUUUGCUUUCAGUGAUUACAAAUGAUGAAAUCAAGGAAAGUGAUAUUAAGAAAAUGUACAGAAUUGGCAAAAAAGCUGAAGCAAAAGAUAAACAGAAACAGGAGUCGGGAGAAUUUUUGUACAGGGUGAUGGGAGAUCCGUCAAAUUUGAGAAUAAUAAAAAUACAGAAAUAUUCAAUAAAAAACUAA